AUGGGGUUAUUUUUUGAUUCCCCGGGCUCAAACUUGUAUUUGCCUUGCUUUACACUUGUUGACGCACCUAAGCUUGUCCCACUACCUGGUGUAUCGUACAAGGUUUCAUUUGAGAGAGAUUCUAUUAUACAUGUGCUAUCUGAGUUCAAACGAAAUAAUUCAUUCAAGAAUAAUCAUCUAUUGGACAAAAUCAACACGGCUAUUGCUCAGAACGAAAUAGUAGUCGAUAAUUCAGUUGUGAAUUCAUGCAAACAGUUCCAUAAGAAGUACGGCUCUGAUAAUAGCAAUAAUGACGCAGAAGUUCAGAUGUACAUAGUUCUUUUACCCUUUGAAGCCGUGAAUAACUCUGUUGGAGCUGCUUCAAGAAUAACUGCAAUUCAGGUGGAAGAUGACACCAUUACAAUUACGUUCAAAUCAGUCGCAAGAGUUGAAAACAAACAACCUCUAUUGAAUAUGCAACAUAGUUUAUGGAAAUCCAGCAUCCUAGAAAUUGACGAUCGCUCAGAACUACGGACCUGGGAUCAUAAAAGCAUUAACAAAAGCAUUUUGAGUUUCGUGAAGAUAUUUUACGACACAGACAAAAUAAUCAAAGACUUCAAAUCAAAAUACUCAUUAGCAUCCAAGAGAUCAGGUGAUAUAGAUUCUAGGGUCUUAUAUCUUUCUCCCUUAGCGAACACUCUUUUCAUGCAGUUAAAUGGGUCUCACUUUAACAAGUCUUGGAAAUUAUUGAAGGCUUAUCUAGAGCAACUCACUGUGCUUGAAAGGAAUUAUGACACCUGCUUUGAAUUAGUUUCAAUGAUGGACUUGGUAAUGAGUAUACUACCUAUGUCAUUGAAACAACGCUUAGACUUUCUCACUGCGAAGAAACUCAAAUCAAGGGCAAUUUUAUUCUCCACAUGCGUCCAAGACUUCCAACAAAUUUUCAAAAAGCUUGAUGAUAGCGUGGAUUAUGUAAAUAAUCACUUCUCCAAUUCUUCGAAUAAUGACAAGUCCAAGUUAAUUGCAAAUCAAUUGAGAGCUUUAAGGUUUUAUAUCGAUGAUAUUAAAAGGAAUAACUCCAGCGUUAUACUGAAGGCAAAUUCCGAAAAAGAACGUACAGACGUCACAUCCCCAAACAAGUUUUUGAAAACCAGUUCGAGUCACGAUGAAGAUUCUGAUUCAAAUGACGAAAUGGAACAAAUUAAGUCUUUUAUCGACUCCUUGGAGGAAAAAAAUGUUCAUCCUGACGGUAUCAAACUGUUACAAAAGGACUUCAAACGGUUCAUGAAGAUGACUCCUCAGAAUGCCGAUUACCAAGUUCUAAGAAACUAUUUUGACAUUGUGAUGGACAUUCCGUUUGGAAAAACUGUCAAUAUCUCAACUAUAGAUUUGGCAAAAAGUAGAGCAAAAUUAAAUGAGGAUCACUAUGGAUUGCAAAGUGUUAAGCGCAGGCUAGUAGAAUAUCUCAGUGUCUUAAAGAUAUCCGAGAUUUCUACCAAUGAUCCAAACCUUAAUACCGACCUUCAUCCUAAGAAAGACAGGGCUUCUAUCAAUAAGCCGCCUAUCCUUUUGUUGGUCGGUCCUCCUGGUGUGGGUAAAACAUCUAUUGCUAAGAGCGUUGCUGAUGUUUUAGGUCGAAAAUUCCAAAGAAUAUCUCUCGGUGGUAUACAUAACGAAGCAGAAAUUAGGGGUCAUAGGAGAACAUAUGUGGGUUCGAUGUGUGGUUUGAUCAUUGGUGCUUUAAGAAAAGCGGGUACAAUGAAUCCCUUAAUUCUUUUAGAUGAAGUAGAUAAAGUAUUGAGUGGAGGGGUUGGUGGAUUUGGUAACAGAGUUAAUGGGGAUCCCGGCGCCGCACUAUUGGAAGUAUUAGACCCUGAACAGAACUCUACCUUCUCGGAUCAUUAUGUAGGAUUUCCUGUUGAUCUUUCACAAGUUUUGUUUUUCUGUACUGCAAAUGAUCUCGAAGGCAUCAGCGAACCUCUUUUGAACCGUAUGGAGCUAAUUGAGCUUCCUGGAUAUACUCCAGAUGAAAAAAUUAUGAUUGGCUCCAAAUUUCUCUUGCCUAAACAGAUAAAAGCGAAUGGUCUUGAUGCCAUUAAAGAGCUACCUAAAAUUUACUUGACAGAUGAGGCAUGGAACUGUGUUGUCUUAGAGUACACGAGGGAACCGGGUGUUCGUGGAUUGGAACGAAGAAUUGGUGCUAUAGUUAGGGGUAAAGUUGUUGAAUACGUGGAGAACAAAAUGAUACAGGGUGAAGUGGACAAAGAACAUUUAUACAAGUACCUUGGUCUUGCACACCAUCCAAUUUCAGAGGAGAUUCUUGCUCCAACUGAGCAUUCAGAGAAAUUUGGUGUUGUCAAUGGAUUAUCCUAUAAUUCGGACGGCAGUGGCAGUGUAUUGCUAUUUGAAGUGAUAAAGAUCCAUACAGAUGAGAGUGGAGCUACAAACGGCCCAUAUAUAAAGACCACAGGUAAUCUAGGAAACAUCCUAGAGGAAUCCAUCAAGAUUGCAACAAGUUUUGUGAAACAUAUACUUUUCCGUGGGUUGAUUCCUGGCGUGAACGAGAAGGAUAUCAAUGAAUUUCUCACAUCUGAAUAUCACCUCCACGUUCCAAUGGGCGCUGUAUCAAAGGAUGGACCCAGCGCAGGCGCUGCAAUAUCCUUAGCAAUCCUUUCUUGCGCUUUGAAGAGACCUGUUUCUCCUAAACUCUGUAUGACGGGGGAGAUAACGCUUCGAGGUAAGAUCUUGCCUAUCGGUGGAAUCAAAGAGAAACUAUUGGGGGCACAAUUUUACCACAUGAAUCACGUCCUAGUACCCUCGGCUAACCUAUCUGACGUUGUUCAAGCCGUCUCUACGGACAAUCAAGAGCAAUACGAAAUAUAUAUGGACCGUUCGAGACAACCAGAACUACAGAAACUCAAGGACAAGACACAACUACAAUUACACUACUGUUCCGAUUUCUUCGAUGUAGUCAAGUAUACCUGGCCUGAACUACUGAAUAAAGAAGUGUCACACAGCAGACCAUCUUUGUAA